AUAUAGACCAGAUGAAAUGAACUCCUUCACUGACUCAUAGUCACUGGGAUUGCUUCUCUUGGAAUAUCAUUCCCCUGGUUCUCGCCUGCUUUGUGAAUACAACAACUACAUUAUGGGCAAACUCCUGGUCCUGUGUGCUGCGAUUCUUGCUUGCAUCAGUAUCGGAUCGGCUCUGCAAUGCUUGAAAUGCUCCUUCACAUUUUUUGACCUCCCCUGCCACACUACAACCGUCAUCUGUGAAGAUGGGCAGGUCUGUGCUAUCAUCCGGGGGAAAACAGCUGGCCACAAGUUUAUCAAGAAGAAGAACUGUGUUGACGAGGACAAGUGCAGCAAGAAUGACACGGCCUCCUAUUUAGGCAUCACCUACACCACCACGUAUGAAUGCUGCAAAGGCGAAUUCUGCAACUCGGGUGCCACGCUGCCUUCUGCUCAUCUCUCCCUGCCGGUGGCCCUGGCUAUGCUGGGUGCUUGGCUCUCCCGCCUUCUCUAAUUCCUCUCCUCAGGAAGUGAAUUUCUACGCGAUGGCAAAAAAAAAAAAAGCAUUAAACCUAGCAAACACUGUAUCAUAUAGGUCUUCCGCUCCCCCUCCCCACUGCCACCGUGCCUUUUUUUACUUUAAAAAGUACUUGUUAAUAUACUUGUAUUUCUUUCCAUAUCUCUGCUAUCUUAAAUCAUAUGAAUCAAGUAUGGAUGGAAAAGGUUACUGGGAUGGGAUGGGAUAGGGAAACAAAUGCAUUUGGAGAAGAACAUCUUCCUUCCCUUUCUUUUCCUGUGGACUUUUUUUUUAACCUUC